GCCCCGGGUUUCCUCACAGACGCCCAUCCUCUCACCUCUGCCGCAGCUUCUCUCACUCACACACAUCCUCCGAGUCCUCAUGAACUUUUCCCGCUCCCUCUUUCCAUGUAUGAGCAGCUUAUCCGUUGGCGGGAGAAGUCUACACCCACCCGAAUGGAGAAAUAAAGAGAAAUAAAGAGGGGGAAGACUGCCGUGCAGUAUUGUUUGUUCGUGUUUGCUGAGAGAGCUGGUGCUUUAAGAUCUUCACACAGGAUGCAAGGAACAGGCAGGAGCAACCCUUGCCUACUAGGUUUCCUCUUUGGGGUCUUCUUGGCUGCUUUUUCUUCCAGCAGUGCCUGCCCUAAGCACUGUGCCUGCUACGUACCCACCGAAGUACAUUGCACAUUCCGUCAUCUCACCACCAUCCCAGUGCACAUCCCCUCAAAUGUGGAGCGCAUCAACUUAGGUUACAACAAUUUGGUUAAACUGACUGAAACAGAUUUUUCUGGCCUGGAGAAGCUGGCGUUGUUGAUGUUGCACAGUAAUCAGAUACAUACAAUUCAAGACAGGACAUUCUCUGAUUUGCACUUGUUACAGGUCUUAAAGAUGAGCUAUAACAAAGUCAAAAUUAUUCAAGUAAACACAUUUCAUGGUCUCAUAGGUUUGGUACGGUUGCACAUGGAUCAUAAUCAAAUUGAAUUUGUAAACCCCAAAGCUUUCUAUGGUCUUACUUCACUGAAGCUGGUUCACUUGGAAGGAAAUUUGCUUAAACAACUUCACUCAGAUACUUUUGUCACCUUGCGCUAUCUCCAAAUGUUCAAAACAUCCUCCAUCAAGCAUGUCUACUUGUCUGACAACUUCCUUUCUUCUCUGCCACGAGACAUUUUCAUAUAUAUGUCUGAGUUAGAGAGCCUCUAUCUUCAUGGAAACCCCUGGACUUGUGAUUGUGAACUGAAGUGGUUUGCUGAGUGGGCAGAACUGAAGCCAGAUGUUAUAAAGUGCAAAAAAGACAGAGGUAUUGUUGGUGUUCUGCAAUGUCCACUGUGUGCCAACCCGAGAAUUUUUAAAGACAAGCAGUUAGCUGGCAUGCUACACUCAGAUUUUAAUUGUGUUAAGCCAGCUAUAGACCCAACUUUGAAAUGGAAGAACAUCACUGUGCCAGAUGAUGGUGACUUUACUUCAGUUUCUCCCAGGGAUUUUAUAGCCCCCAUAGGAUCCAUGGUAUUAAACAUGACAGACCAAGCAGGAAAUCAAGCAAAUCUUGCUUGCAAUGUGCAGAAGCCUGCAAAAAUGUCUCCAGUUACACUUAAAAAAAUUGACACCACCACAGUACUUGAAAUAUCAUUGUCAACAUUCCUUGUGUGUAGCAUUGACGAUGAGUAUAUUCAGCAGUUGUGGAGCAUACUGGCCCUUUACAGCAAUUCUCCAUUAAAACUGGAAAGAGAUCUCUUACUAACAGAAGUGCCUCACAUCGGUUAUAAAUACAAGCAAACAGAUUCUGAAAAUGAAGAGCUUUUCACUGGCAUAGAAGCUGAAUUGAGAGCUGAGCCUCCUUGGUUGAUGCAGGGACAAGUGUCAUUGCAGUUGGACAGGACGGCAACCACACUCAACACUCUGCAUAUCCAGUAUUCCAUCAAUGCUCAAAUUACCCUCCCAUUCACUUCUCCAAAAUCAGAAAGACAAAACUGGGCCGUGAUCUUACAAGAAAAUAGUACAAGAACUGAACACUCUGUUUUAGUAGGCGGAUCUGUGGAACUGAACUGCCAGGCACUUGGAGAUCCUACCCCAGUAAUUGAGUGGUUAUUAGCUGAUGGGAGCAAGGUUAGAGCUCCAUUUGUUAGUGAAGAUGGGAGAAUCAUGAUAAAAAAAUCUGGAAAGCUCAUGUUACGUACAGCAGAUCAUUUUGACAGUGGAGUUUAUCACUGUAUAGGAACAAAUUACGCUGAUGCUGAUGUCUUGACUUUUAGAAUUACUGUGAUAGAUCCUUAUAUUGAACACAACCAUUUAAAUGGACCUCAGCUCUCAGCAUUUUUAGGUGAAACACUCUACCUUCCAUGCCAUUCUACAGGUAUCCCAGAUGCCUCUGUUGAUUGGAUCUUGCCUGAGCACAUGGUUCUUCAUCAUUCUUCAAAAAACAAGUUUCUUUUUCAUAAUGGCACAUUAAAAAUACAACAAAUGACUGAUCGGGAUGGUGGUUAUUUCAGGUGUGUCACUGCUAAUCAAUAUGGAGUUGAUUUUUUAAUUUACCAAGUACUAGUUAAAAGGAAUUCAGACAGAUCACAAAAACUAGAUAUUCAAGUAGAAGAUGAAGCAGCAGAAGGGUCUGGUAAUGAAGAGCACAGAGUUACUGCCAAACCUCAAAAUCCCCCUUCAUCAACUAGGCAGACACAAGCAACUAGCAAGACAUCCACUAAAGGCUGGUCUAUAAAUCAGCCCAGACAAAACAAAACCAGGACUAAUCACAAAGAAAUGUACAGGCACAACAGGGACAAGAUAAACAAAUGGUUUAGAGGGCGCAAGAGGCAAUUUGGUCCUUCCACAAGGAGAAUUGAUCCAUUACGCUGGGCAGCACUUUUGGAAAAAACAAAGAAUGCCACAUUUCUAAGAAAACCAGAAAAUGCCACAGUGAAACCAGCAGUGAAAGUGGUUUUGUCCUCAAAGAUUUCUGGAAAUGAAGAGUCGUCUGGAGAGGAUAUAUUUCCAGAGGAAGAAUUUAUUCUACUAGCCACUAAAAGACCUGCAGUCUCUACCCUGAGAGAAGCAUCAGGAAAUGUAGUGACAGCGGAAAUUGGAAGCGUAUCAAGUAAUUUCAGUUCUUUGGCAACAUCUGGCAUGGUUACAGAACUUGUAACUCCAGGUACCAGUCCAAUAGUUACGGAUUCUGAGAUCCUGAAAAACCAGAAAUUAUAUACAGAACUUACACCUGAACCUGAAAAAACUUCUCUUGAAACAUAUCAAACGUUACCUACUUCAUCAACCAAUAUGGAGUCAUCAACAACACCAUCAUCUAAUCUACCAAGUGCUAUAACAAAAACUUUAAAUACUUUCCAAGGAUUGAUAGGGUCUGUGGAAAAUAAUCUGCAUCUGAAAGCCACACCAACAAUUACAUCAGCAAUGAAUAUUACUAAGAGCAGACACUCUAUAACUUCCAACAAAAAUACUGAAAAACUUGAUUUAUUUACAAAGGCAACUGGGAAAACCUUAAGGAAAUCAAAUAAUAAAGUGUCUGUAGUGACAGUCAGUGUACCUGAUAUGUUUAGAGAUGUUUAUGUUUACAGUACACAAAAAAUAACACCCCAAUUACCUGCAGGGUCAACCAAUAUCACUCAGCAGGUUAAGAUAGUUAGAGAUGUUACAACUCACACCCCUCUUUCCAGAUGGUAUAUCAAACGAAGAAAAAUCUCUGGUAGAAGACUAAUAGUUAGACCUGGCCAUAUUUCCAACAUUGUAGGGCAGAGAUUUGCUUUUGUUAAACAAGGGUUUGUUGAAGGAAGUACAACUCUGCCUCCUUCUAUAGAAGUCAGCACACCUGCCUUAACUCCUCCCAAGAAAUCUCUUAAACAGCUUACCUCCCAAGCAUUUAUUUCCACUUCAUUUAAAACUCAUCACCCAGAAACGACCACUGUAAAUCAGUUCUUGGCAUUCUCAAGAAACAAACUGCUUGCAGCUGAAGAGCAUACAACUUCCACAACAAUCCCUUUCUAUCCUGAAAGCACCCAAGUUGUAUCACAUAGAGAAGGAAAAUCUGGUGCACCAUUACAAGCAAUUACUGACACAAACCCAUCAUUUAGCAUCAGACUCCCAACAGCAACUAUCCAUAGCCCUAGGACUGGCUUGGAAACCACAUCAACCUCAUCACCAUUGUUUAUGAAACCCACCCUUUCUACUCUUGGAACGAAGGCCUCUUCCAUUGUUUCAACAGGGGAAAUUCCUGACAAUAAUGCUCAAAAGGAGCUACUGGAGAAGAAACCCAGAUUAAAAACAAGUGGAGAAUCCUCACCUGUGGAAUCUGUUAUGCCUGUUCAAACUACAGGUCCAAUAUCAAUGUACAGAAUUUCACCAGCAUAUAAUAAUGCUGUUUCAAAGACUGAGAACCAAACUGAUAGUCGCAUAAUUAAACCCAUCAAUAACAACAUGAUGCUGGUAAAACAUGUUCCCACUCUACCACUCAAUGGUACAGAAUUGCCCCCUUCAAUCUAUGUCUCCAACCUUACAUAUGCUGCAGGGAAAGAAACUGAUGGCAACAGCAUCAUGCCAAUUCUUAUCCCAGCUACUACUGUUCGUGUUCAGACUAAUGCUGCCAAACUCAAACUGUUAAAGCCAGGCAGAAGGAGUGGUCAAAGGAGGAGGAGGCCUUUGAAAAAAUUCAUGUCUUCACACAGAAACAUUAUUGUUAACAAAGGAUUUGUUACCCUGUCCAAAAAACCCACAGUUUCUCCGACUCUGACAAUAGCUAAAACAGUAACUGAGCCUGCUAGCCCCGUAUCAACUGAACUGAUUUCAAAAUUCACCAGCAUGGAGGCAAUUACAGCUCGACUACAGUCACCCAUUCUUGCUGCAACUGAUAUAAUUACAGACAAUAAAUCCACACCUACCACUCAGGUAUCAAUAAGGAAUAUUACCACUGAAAAUCUUCUAACUACAGAGGUAUCAAUAGACAACUUGUCUUCUGAAAAACCCGUGACUGUGAUUCCACUGACAGUAUCAUUCUUGGACGCAGGAAGCAUGACCACAGUGUUACCAGACACAUCCUUGAUAACAUUGGGACUAGAGUCUACCAAACUAACACAUGCUACUACAGUGGCAUAUGAUAAAGCAACAAAUCAGACUGUGGUAUGGGAAGCUGUUCAAAAAAAGCAAACAACAAAAGCAGCUCUUCCUGUUACAAAUGAAUUAAGUAGUCAAACUCCUAAUAAUGCAAGGUACAUCGACACACAAGCACCCAACCCAUUAGCAUCCCAAGCAACGGUCCUGCCAAGUGCAACUAUCACACAAACAACUGCAUCUCCCAGGUGGGGAAAAAUAUCCUGGCAUGAACCAUCUUCUAAAACCACAGAAAGUGGCAAAGCCCUCAUGGUCAACACAUUGAGUAUAUUGAAAUCUCCACAGAGCUCCACUCAAUAUACUCCUUUGUGGAGAAAAAAUAAGAACAAUCAUGUGAAAAAUUGGUCUGAGAAGACAGCAGACCAGGAGGUCACUACUACCAAUCUGAUUAACUUAGAUUUGUUGUACCAAACCAGGGGGGCAAAACCUAGCAUAAUUGGAGGAAAACUGGCAGCAUUUACUGUCCUGGCUAAUUCAGAUGCUUUCAUCCCUUGUGAAGCCAGUGGUAGCCCCUGGCCAACAAUACACUGGACCAAAGUAUCAUCAGGGGUUGAUGUACCAAAACACAAUCAGGAUAACAGAUUUAAGGUUCUUCCCAAUGGUACUCUCUCCAUCCAAAAUGUCAACAUCCAGGAUCGUGGACAGUACCUGUGCGUGGCUACCAAUCAGCAUGGCUCUGACAGGCUGCUUAUUACAUUGUCUGUAGUGACCUAUCCACCUCGAAUCCUGGAGGGAAGGUCCAAGAUUAUUACAGUCCACUCUGGCAAGCUAGUGACCAUGAAGUGUACAGCUGAAGGCCGUCCCAUUCCUACCAUUUCAUGGGUCCUUGCAAACAAAACUUACAUCUCAGAAUCUUCUACAGGAAAUGAGGCUGUUUCUGUGCAAACAGAUGGCACAUUGAUGAUAAAGAAAGUUAGUGUUUAUGACAGAGGGAUUUACACAUGCACUGCAAAUAACCCAGCUGGUUCAGAUACAAUGAUAGUAAGACUACAAGUUAUUGCUGCACCACCCAUUAUACUGGAAGAAAAGAAGCAAUACGUGUUAGAGAAAAUGGGGGGAAGCUUGAAGCUUCCCUGUACUGCCAAAGGAAACCCUCAUCCAUAUGUUCACUGGGUUCUCUUUGAUGGAACUGAGGUGAAGCCUUUGCAGUAUAUAAAUGGCAAGAUUUUUCUGUUCCCUAAUGGAACUCUUUACAUCAAGAAUAUAGGUUCUUCUGACAGCGGGAAUUAUGAAUGUAUCGCAACCAGCUCCACUGGUUCAGAAAGGAGAGUGGUAAUCCUCCAGGUAGAACAUAGAGAUACAAUCCCCAGAAUUGCAGCUUCAUCUCAAAGACUGACUCAGCUGAAUUUUGGGGACAGAUUGCUUCUGAAUUGCUCAGCUACAGGAGAGCCAAAGCCCAAAAUAAUCUGGAGAUUACCUUCAAAAGCUGUUGUUGACCAGUGGCACAGAAUGGGGAAUCGAAUCCAUGUGCAUCCCAAUGGAUCCUUGGCUGUUGAGACAGUCACAGAAAAGGAUGCUGGUGACUAUAUCUGUGUGGCAAGAAACAAAAUGGGAGAUGACCUGAUCCUUAUGAAAGUCAGUGUGACAAUGAAGCCUGCAAAAAUUGAUCAAAAACAGUAUUUUAAGAAAAUGGUGCCUUACGGGAAAGACUUCAAAAUGGAUUGCAAAGCUUCUGGGUCCCCCGAACCAGAGAUAUCUUGGAGUUUGCCAGACGGCACCAUGAUCAACAAUGUAAUGCAAGCAGAUGACAGUGGGCACAGGUCUCAGAGGUACACUCUGUUUGACAACGGGACAUUGUAUUUCAAUAAGAUUGGAAUCGCUGAAGAGGGUGACUACACAUGUUAUGCUCAAAAUACACUUGGAAAAGAUGAGAUGAAAGUGCACAUAACAGUAGUAGCAGCUGCUCCUUAUAUCAAGCAGAAUUCCAAGACCUAUGCAAAAGUAAAAGCAGGAGACACUGCACUCUUCAACUGUGAAGCCAUUGGAGAACCCAAGCCAAAAAUAUUCUGGUUGUUGCCUUCCAAUGACAUGAUUUCAGCUUCAAAUCAUAGAUAUUUACUUCAUGUUAAUGGAUCAUUGUCUGUAACUAAGGUGAGGCUCUUAGAUGCUGGAGAAUACAUAUGUGUUGCACGCAACUCUGGUGGAGAUGAGACAAAACUUUAUAAACUAGAAGUAAUCUCUAAACCACCUCUCAUCAAUGGUUUGUAUAAGAACAAGACUGUUAUUAAAACUACAGCCAUAAAACACUCAAAGAAGCAAAUGGACUGCAGAGCUGAAGGAACACCCAUACCCCAAAUCAUGUGGAUUAUGCCUGACAAUAUUUUCUUAACAGCCCCUUACUAUGGGAGUAGAGUAACAGUACACAAAAAUGGGACUCUUGAAAUUCGUAAUGUAAGACCUUCAGAUACAGCAGAGUUUAUCUGUGUGGCACGUAAUGAGGGGGGAGAAAGCAUAUUGGUGGUCCAGCUGGAGGUGUUAGAAAUGCUAAGGAGACCAACGUUCAGAAAUCCAUUUAAUGAGAAAGUAAUAGCAAAGCCUGGAAAAACCACCUUCUUGAACUGCUCUGUAGAUGGAAACCCACCUCCUGAGAUAAUCUGGAUGUUACCAAAUGGCACAAGGAUUUCCAGUGGCUUUAGAACACUUCACUACUUCUUGGGAGACAAUGGCACCCUUGUCAUCUACAGCCCUUCUAAAGCAGAUGCAGGCAAGUACCGAUGUGCAGCUAAAAAUAAAGUUGGCUACAUUGAAAAGUUGAUCAUAUUGGAAGUUGGCCAGAAACCCACAAUUUUUAUACACCCAAGAGAAGCAAUAAAAAGUAUUAGUGGGGAAUCGUUAUCCCUUCAUUGUCUUGCUGGUGGAAGCCCCAAGCCAAACAUAAUAUGGACAGUUCCCAAUGGCUAUGUCCUAGAUCGGCCUCAAAUUAAUGGGAGACAUACAUUGCUAGAGAAUGGUACCUUAGUUAUCAGAGAAACAACCGUUCACGACAGAGGAAGUUAUGCAUGCAAAGCUCAGAACUAUGCUGGCGAUUCAACAGUAGUAGUUUUUGUAAUGAUUGUGGCACAUCCACCAUGGAUUACAAACAGACCACCAAGGAAUAUUCGUACAAUGGCUGGGGUAGCAGUUCAGCUUCACUGCAUGGCACUGGGAAUACCAAAUCCAGAAAUUACAUGGGAACUGCCUGACCACUCGUUACUGUCAACAGGCAGCAAAGGCCAGCCAUCUGAAAGUGAACUUCACCCACAAGGGACAUUAGUAAUUCAAAAUCCAAAACUGUCAGACUCUGGUGUAUAUAAGUGUAUGGCUAAGAACCAGCUCGGCAGCGAUUCCACAGUAACGUACGUUCAAGUUAUCUGAACUGAGACAUACAGCCUGAACUAUUGAUAACAAAGUCUAAUCUGGACCAAGUUUGGCUUUCGAAGAUGUUUAAUCAAAAGCAGUCAUGUCAGUUUCAUUACAAUUACAAUUCUCAGUUUACAGUAGACAUACUAAGAGACAGAUUGGGGAAAAUUUGCAUUAUGAUCUAGUAUGAAUAUAUUAGGGAUAUUAAAAAAUAAACUUAAGGCACUUACAUUUUGACUACAAACAACAGGAACAGUGAAUAUCAACAUGAAUACCUUAAAUCAAAAGAUGCUUGCAAAAUAACUUAAAAUAUUUAGUGUAAGGAUUUUUUUUAAAAAAAUGCUAGUCUUUUAUUUCCCAUUUGAUAGUAGUACAAGAAGUAUGGCAUACAAGAUAAGUAAAAACAAAAUAAGAUAUGGGAUUGCUGUUUGUUACCUUACUGACAAGUAUUUUGUAGUUCUCUUACAAAUAUUGAAACAAACAAAAAGGUGCUACCAGUUUUGUAAAAAAAAAGUGCUGCCAGUUUUGAAAAUACUAAAUUUUUUCUUCUAAAUACUAAAAUUGUCCUCCUCUGUGGGGCAAUGAAAGAACCAACAGAAAAUAGUUUCAUAGUUUUUUUUAAAAAAAGAGACAAUAUGGAUUAUUUUUCUAAAAUAAAAUACAAA